ACUCGCGCUGGUGGGAAGGGCUUGAGUAAACAAAGCGUGGAGAGCGCCUUUUCCAGGGCAAGGGCAGCGCCUCCCCGGCGUGCGCACGGCGGUUUUACUCGUGACCAGCAGCUACCUUUGGCGGUAGAGCCCCGCAGGCGGAGGAGAGCAGCGUUAGGGUCCGAGCCCUAGGAGGGCGAGGAAACAAAUCCGCCUCUAGCGCAGCCGAGCCCCCUACAAAACGAGGUGCCGGGUGUUGCGUCCGCCAGAGAAAUGCCUGCACGGGAGCGCGGACUUUCCUCGCCGCUCCUGCUCCAGGCAGCGUGUCCUGCCCAGAGAAGAGCAGCGAGGGGAAGCCGUGCCAAAGCGCACCGCACGCAGGGCCUCGCAGCCAGCCGCCGGAGCGCGCUCUCCCUCCCCUCCUCGGCAAGGACACCGCUGGAGCCAGUGGCACGCACACACACACGCUUCAGCGCCCGCCCAAGGACAGCUCGGGUCCGAUUGCGCACGGACCGGCUCCCCUCCCUCUCCCCACGCAAGGACAACGCUGGAUCCAGUGCACACACGCACCCCACCCCCCUUUCCAGCACGGGGGCAGCUGCGGAUCCAGCCCCCGUUUUGGCACGGCCGGGCGGCAAGCGAAUGCUGCUUCCCCGCGUCUCCCCUGCUCCGAUCCGGUUCCCCUUUAAGCGGGGCCGAUCUGGCGCGAGCGAGUAGGGAAUCCCUUUCGGGCCGCGUCAUCCUAACCAAGGAAACCCGCGCUGGCGUCGUGCAACGCAAAUGACCAUCUUUGGCAACGUGCGCCAAUGGACGAGACUAAAGGCCGCCGCGGAGUGGGGGUAGUGGGUGGGCUCUGACAGUAACAAAGCAGGCGCGCUUGGGCCCAGGGUGCUCUCCCCGCUGCACAGGGGAUGGUCUCUCCCCGCGGGGCUCUGAGAUUGGUUUGCAGGCAGUGGGCUGGGUUCGGCCAAAUCAGAUUCUGUGGGCGGGGUGAAUUUCCCCCUCCCCCUGCCAGGUGGGCGACUCCCUCUGGUAAGGUGGGGCUUGGCGAGCUGGGAGUUUGACGUGUGUGACUCCACAUGGUACAGCUCUCCGAGGAGGGGAUGGAUAAUAGGAGUGUGGAGUUGAACUAAUGCCAUUGCACUGACUCAUCCAGGGAGAGUAAAGGAGCUCAGAGAACAAGAUACCAGGAGAGACUCAGGCAGAGAGAAAGAGGGGGGCAGGCGACACGGGGGGAGAAGAGAGACUCACGCGCGGGCAGAGAAGGGCAGGUAACAACUGUAAAGAUCAAUAAUUAAAAGAGCUUAAAAAAAAUCAAGAGGCUAAAAUCCUGGACUGACUCAUCCAGUCCGGCUAGAGCAGGGACCUGGCACUUUUAUACAAGACUUAAUUAAAUAAGCAAAAAAGCCUCUUGAUUGAAAACUACAGAGUCAGAGAAGCUUCAAAACCAGAACAAAUAUUCACAGGAAGUUUGAAGAGGGGAGCAGAGACAAGUUUUAAGCGUGUGUGUUUAGGUCUUUCCCCUCCCUUUUUUUUUCUUCAGAGCAAAUGUAAUAGAUUUUUAAGACUUUUUUUAAAGAGACAUCUAAUUAUACUUUUUGCGGGAAAUUUUAAAUCCACGGCUUUUAUUUUUAUUUUUCUGAACGCACCGAAAACCUCAGAUUAAAGAGACUGCCUCUGUUCUGUGAAGUGGGAAAUAUUUUUCGCCAGUCUUGAGUGAAGGAAAAAGUUGAGGAAAGGGCUUUAUUUUUAACUAUUUAAAAACAACAAAUCCUUACGUGCAGCUAGAAGGCAGAAAAUAAAUUUAAAAAAAAUCAGGCGAGAGAGGCGGAGAAAUAGAGCGUGCGUGUGUGUGUGUGUGUGUGAGAGAGAGAGAGAGAAGGAAAGAACAUCGUGUUUCUCUCCGUCUUCUACCUCGGAUCAUGUACCAGGACUAUCCCGGGAACUUUGAUACCUCCUCCAGGGGCAGCAGCGGUUCCCCAGGCCACGCAGAGACUUACUCCAGCGGGACAGCACAACAGGUAGGGGUGGUCACAUGCACCUUGCCAUACAACUGACAUGAUCAAGCUUCUCUUUUCCCUUCAGUGCAACUUUCUUUCUGAUCGCAACGGAGCACCCUCUGCUGUGGGAGCCAAGGACCGUAGAAAUUCCGGAUAGAUAUGCCAGGAUCAGGCAGUGCUUUCAUCCCCACCAUUAACGCCAUAACAACCAGCCAAGACCUGCAGUGGAUGGUCCAGCCCACUGUGAUCACCUCCAUGUCGAGUCCCUACUCUCGCUCACAUCCCUACAACCAUCCUCUGCCCAGCCUAUCUUCAGUUGGUGGACAUACAGCCCUUCAGAGACCAGGUGUCAUUAAAACUAUUGGGACCACAGUGGGCAGGAGGAGAAGAGAUGAGCAGCUGUCACCUGAGGAAGAGGAGAAACGAAGGAUCCGGAGAGAGAGGAACAAGUUGGCAGCUGCUAAAUGUCGUAAUCGACGUCGAGAGCUAACAGAGAAACUCCAGGCGGAAACCGAGGAGCUGGAGGAAGAGAAAUCGGUGCUGCAGAAGGAGAUUGCUGAACUCCAGAAAGAGAAGGAUAAGCUAGAGUUCAUGCUUGUGGCUCAUGGUCCUGUGUGCAAAAUCAGCCCUGAGGAACGUCGCACCCCACCCUGCCACAGCCUCCAGACGGUGCGGACUGGAGGGAGUGGAGCAGUAGUGGUGAAGCAGGAGCCAGUGGAAGAAGACAGUCCAUCCUCCUCUUUGGGCCUUGACAAAGCUCAGAGGUCUGUCAUUAAGCCCAUCAGCAUUGCAGGGGGGUUUUAUGGGGAGGAGCCACUCAAUACUCCAAUUGUGGUGACGUCGACGCCUGCCAUCACUCCCGGCACCUCCAACCUAGUCUUCACAUACCCCAGUGUGCUGGAUCAGGAGUCUCCUCUCUCCCCUUCUGAGUCAUGCUCCAAAGCUCACCGGAGAAGUAGCAGCAGUGGUGACCAGUCCUCAGAUUCCUUGAACUCUCCAACCCUGUUGGCCUUGUAACCCCCCUUUCUCUUGUGCUCCAUUUGCUAGUGUGUUAUAUCCCCACCCAGGACUGGGUAAGGGGAGAAACCUUCUCCACAAUUAAAGACACGCAUAAGGGUGUUCAAGCACAAGGGCAGCAAAAGCAUGGAAGGGGAAAUGCUGCAGCUCUGGACACCUCCUGGAGCAGGAAGAACAAGAACAAAUGUAAACUCUCUGGAAGCAGAAACGGCGAUGGAGGAAAUGACCUGCCCAGACCAUCUGGAGAGGAGGAGCUGCCUAUGGAACCCUUUGCAGGUGUUGAAUGGUCUUGGGAAACACUCUUGUCCGGGACUGGAGGCGAGCUGCAGAAAAUCACUAGUCCCCCUUUCCUUUGUGAACUGACCCAAUGCUUUAUUCUCUGUGCUUAGUUCAGUCUGGUGCGUUGAUCUCUCUCACUUUCUGUUAUUGAUACCAUGACAUUUCAUCCAGUCGAUCUCAACCCUAGAGACUUGUUAUGACCUUUGUUAAUUGACGAUGAUGUCAGGAGGGGCUGUGGGAAAUUCUUGCUGUUGUCAAAGGGGGCAGCAUUGGGAGGAACCUCAAGUGCUUGAUUGCAGGGAUAAUGCUUGUAAGAACAGCCCGUGAGCUCAGUGGCCAGGACACUGUGAAUGGAGACUGGAGGAGGCUCACUCAAUGACGGGAAGAUUUGUCUGGAGGAGCUGGAGGAUGUGAGAUGGAUAUUUUGUUCCCCCUGUGCUGCAAAUGCCAGGAUAGCAAAUUGCCUGGGAAUGGGAUGCAGAGUGGUGCCCCUGGAAGCCAAUAGGAGACCAGAAUCUGUUUCCACUAGCUAGUGUCUUUGGCAGCUUUUCUCUUGGAAUUUAGUGUUUGUCAUUCUGCUGCUGGGCCCUUUGUUUUCUUGGCUACUUGCUGCCCUUCUGUGCAAUGCGUCUGCCACCUCAGUGUGCCCGAGUCAGAUGCUGUUUCACUACAUGGGCAGCCCUCCCUCCUCUGCCCGUGUUUCCAGAACAUAUCACUGAAGAGGAAGUGCCAUUCCAGUGCAUCCAGGGAAGAGAUGUACUAAGAAUGAAAGGGUGAAGCUGCCUUGGUAGCUUCCUCUUGGCACCUGUGCAACAAUAUGUUGUCUUGCACCUUGAUUCCUAGACUCUGUUGGAUUUUGCUACUUGUUGGAUUUGGGGAUUUUUAAUUCUGGUACUCAAGACAAGCAGAGGCCCCUGCCCCUAGCAGUGGGUCCUUUGCCUUCUACACAAGGUCUCAGCUGACAGUGUAGAGUGGGCAUGGCAAUUUAAAAUUAAUGUUCACUACUGAAAAUAGUGAUAUGUUUAACCUCAACUCCUCUGGAGCCAAGUCCAACUGCUACUGAAGUUGGUGAUACUUAAAACACCAUGCUCAGGUGCACUGUAGGUUUUUCCAAGAUAGUGUGCGUGGAUUACGCCCAUAGUGUGGUAACUGAGAACUCAUUUCAGAGCCUUCAAAGCGUGUCUCCAUUAGUCCCACUCCAUUAAAGUUGCUGUAUCAGCAUAUCUAACCUAUUUAAUUGCAUGUGGCAUAAUCUUCUUCGGUUUAUCAGCCAGAAUCUGGGUAUUUUCAGAAUUAGACUGGACUAUGAGGAAUCCUUGGUGCAGUGUGCUAUUUUAGGCCCCCGUUCUUUGAGAUGCUAAGAUCCUACUCCUCUCAGAUCCUACUGCCUCCAUUGGGAUUUGAUAGUGCUCAUUACCUCAGAGAAUCGGUCUAUUACAUAGCAAGCAUGGAUUCUAUUCAAGACUCAUUGUUCUUCAGUUGCUUGUAUCGGUUUGAAUAGGAUUAAAACGGUCUGAAUUAGGUUUUGUUUAAAACCAAACUAAACCCAAACAUUUACAAAAUUUGCCAGGAAGUGAGAUGUUCUAGUGAAUUGUUCAUGAAACUGAAAUCUACUGAUUGUGGGGUUUUUUUAUUAUUUGAACAUUCCCUAUUUUAGGCUAGUGACAGAAACCCAUCACUGACCAAAACCAGCGGGUUUCAUUGUUGUUUACUGAAGUGCAAAACUAAAAAUCAUUUACCUUUAUUUAUGUUAAUCAGUUAAGUAUUUUUCAAUAAGUAGCCCAGAAAGAUUCCGAUUUUAAACUAGAAAGUCUUAUUUCAGGAUAGCUGGCUCUCUUUCCUGCCUUCUCUCACACACCCUUUUCCCCCCUGUCCUCCCCCAGUUUGCCAGAGACUCAUUUGGGCUAAUCUAAAUCACAAACCUGGGGGCACUCCGUUAAAAUGUCUCCCAUAUUUCAGUUCCACUCGUUCAGGGUAGAAGAUAAUAUUAACAAGUGGUGACUCCUAAACAAGUGCACUUUUGCCCUAGGCUAGUUGACCUGACCCGCUGUUCUGUAAGGACCUGCCUAUAAUUAAUAGCUUAUUAGCAUUCCAAAUAGGUACCAGUUUUCCCAGAUUUGAGCAUUAUGAAACUGUCUGCGUGGGAGCAGAAGGAUCUUCGAAAUUUCCCUGGUGCCAAACUGAAUCUGUGGUAUCUUGAAAAAUAUGCUAAUCCCUUCUUAUGUAACUUCAUAAGAUUUAGUUGGGGUUGGUCCUGGUUUAGGCAGGGGGCUGGACUUGAUGACUUCCUGAGGUCUCUUCCAGCCCUAGUAUUCUAUGAUUCAGCUGAUGCUCACAAUCCCAUUAGCUAUUGAUUUUAACUAGUGUAAAUGGUCAGUUCUGUGUAAUUUGAAAGCUUUAAACCAUGAUAUGAGGACUUCAGUAACUCAUCCAGAGGUUAGGGGUUUAUUAUGGGAUUGGAAGGGUGAGACUCUGUGGCCUGAAAUGUUCAGGAGUUCAGGCUAGUUGGUCUUGAUGUUCCCUUCUGAUCUUCAAGUCUGUGAGUAUCGGCCUGUUUCUGUGUCUCCUCCAAACCAUAGGAUCCCCUGUCUCCCUACACCACACACACUCCUCUUCCCUGUGACAUGGGCAUACACUCAAGGGACAGCCAGGCUCCUCUUUAGGUCCAGUUCAUUGAGAUGUUACCCAGAGGAGCCCCAGCCUCCUCCCUUCCUCCUGCCCUCACUAUUCCCCUUUUUUGAUCUUUCAGUGAGCACUUCAGAGAUGAGGCAGCAGUAUCCCUGCUAAGUGGUGAUCCCUUAGGCAGCAUGUUUGUGACUGUCUGAAGCAGAGGAUCCCUUUUCUAAUAUCUGAAAAUACCUUGGACAACUUAAAUUCAAAGAAAGAACAAGAGAAGAAAAUCCUAGAAGCUCUGCAAACUUCUCCACCUGUUUCUCUUCCCCUCCCAAAACACUUCAGGGAAUCCCAGGUUAAGAACCUCUGCUGUUAGGCCACGGGGCUUGUGCAUUUCUCUUGAGUAGAGACUUCUCAGGGCAGGUAGCCUUGGUUUUGAUUAUCCUGUUGCAAAUGAGAGACCGCAAGACUUCUCAGCUGCUGUGAACUGGCUCUGGAUUAAUCUUUUACCACUGUCAGUUUCACCUACUCUCAGAAAGUGACGUGUCCCUUGUUUUGGAACCAGCAAUCUCCAUGCAUACCUGUAUCUUGGUGAUUCCUAAAUGUGCAGCAUCUUCAGAUGUUGUCUUUGUGAUUGGGGGACAUAUUACAACUAGGGUCUGAUCCAAAAGGUUAUGUAAAUCUCUGGGCACCUUUCCAGUGACAUCAACAGGCUUUGGAUCAGUCCUCUAGUAUCUGGCCCCAGCUCAGUAAAGCACCUAAGCAUGUGUUUAAAAUAAGUCACUCCUAAAUUUGGAGAGCAGCAACAGUUAAGUCAAAGGAAACAUCCUUUCAACCUCCAAGUGCUUUUUUUUUUCUUCUGCUAAUUUCACCCCCUUUCCCCACCUCUCUCGGUUCUGACAUGGUCCCUAUCUAUUCCUUGCUCUCUGGUGAAGGGGCUGAGUAAGUCAGCAAAUGGAGGAGUGAUGGGUGUAGGACCAGCCUGUUGGGGGGUCAGUAGUUUGGUUGGUUUUUCUUUUAAAAAUGUUAUUUAAAUGAGCUGUUAAGUUCAUCUAAAUCCUUAUUUUUGCUGCUUUCUGUAUGUAUGAUCCACCUGGCCUUCAUCCUAAAAAAGCCUCAAAUCUCAUUAUUUAUUGGCAGGCAAACAUUUUGUCUGCUCCAGCAGAUCUGCCCACCAUUAAUUUAACAUCCUCCCAACUCAUGUUCCUGUUUUGUUUUGGUUCCUUUUCAACUCUAAAGCAGGCUUCUGAAAUGUUAUAUAUUAUAAUUUCCACAGUGACCAUUACAAGAUCAUUCUCGUAAGAAGGGCCAGGUCAAACAUUUUAAGAAAGGAGGGAACAAUUGAUUUCCUUAUUUAUUUGUCAUGUUUACAUAUCAUUUUCUAUUCCAGACCUAGACAUAAUCAUGAGAGCAUUAAAAAUACUUUGGUUGUCUGAUUUUGCAGGUUAAUAAUGCUUUUUUCUUUAGUUAAAAACAAAACAAAAAAAAUCCAGAUUUUUUUUUCUUGUCUGUAUAAAAUGUAUAAAGAGAUAUUUGUUUCUAAAGAUGCAUUAUCACUCCUUUGUGAACAGUAGCUGGGACUGGGGACAAAUCUCCAAGUAAAAGAUAAUAAUAAAAUCCUAUCCUGUUCUACUUAAUUGUUCCCCUCCUGCACCGUAUGAUUAAAGGGUUACUCCACUUUCUUGUUUGUGGUUACUUGAUAUUAAAAAUGUGUAGAAAAUAGGUAUCUGAUUGUUUUUUGCUCAAUGAGAGGAUAAAAUGUUGUGUAUAUAUUUAGAUAUACUGUGUAGUUCAAAGUAACAUCAAUAAGGGAUAGUGCAUCUUUAUUAGAGCGAUAAGUUACUAGUGUCACCUGAAGUCUACUUUAAGAUCCUUGAAGAAAACAGCCUGAUACCAAUUCCAUUUACAUGUGUGUAAAUCAGGACUAACUCCCCUGAAAUAAGAUACGUGGAGUUACGCUGGUGUAAAACUGGCCUGAGACAAAUUGGAAUCAGGCACCAGAGUCAUACAAACAUAUAGAGAUCCACGGAUGUUUGGGGUACCAUUAUCCCCCACAAAAAUGUAGAUGAUUUUUUUUUUUUUUUUUGUCUGAGGUGAAAUAGUUCCUAUUAAGAAGGUUCUUAAAGGUGACUGCAAAAUUGGGACCCUUUGCUCAUUUUGAUCAUUGUAUAGUUCUUGCAAUCAUGGAAAAUCUUGGCUCUGAAGCAAUCUCUCUGGUGUUGUCUUUCUGUUCUUGUUAUUUUACUGUAAUACAGGCCUACAGUAUUUGCACUAAAACAAAAAGCUUGUUAGAGAAAGCUUGCUGCUAUGAAAGAAAGAACAUAUUAAAACAGUUUUGCUUUUACAAUUUUAAAUAAGUAGCAUUUUGUAGAAUAAAAUCAAUUUAGAUUGGAAAAGAAUGAAGUUUCUUUUUUUCCCCACUCCCCCCUUCUUUUCAUCCUCCUUUCUUUUCCUUCCAUUCCUUCAUGGUUUAUUCCCCCUCUCCUUUGGUGCUCAGUUGUAAUGAUUGCCUGUGUUGUUGACUAUGCUGCUGGGAGUUAUGACACUUGUAAAUCCUGUUUUAAUUACAUUGUGGACACUUUGUAUAACGAGAGCUAACUGGAGUCCUUCUCUCUGUUAAUUGAAGUAAUUAAAAGGCUGUCUUUGCCAUGAACAA